AUGUACAAAGCUUCCACAAUGCCCGACCUCUUCACCACGCAUACCGGCGAGGUCUUCUCACUGGAGAUCCCAUUAGCCUGCAAGCGUCACAACAGCAUCUCCGAAUCUGACUAUCCCUCAGGUAUCCACGGCACCUCUCUCCCCAUCCGCUCCCUUACCGGCCAAAAUCUCACGAUCCCCGAUCUCGACAGCACCUCCGACAUUCACGACCCCUCUGCUCCAGCCACUCCCAAGACGAAUACCUCAACCCCAACAUCCAAGCGCCGCACAUCAUGUGGCAACACGAAUCCACUUAUCGAGAUUGUGGAUCCCGACGACCUGCCUAAGAGGUAUGAUGCUCAGGGUGAGAAGACUGCAGCUAACCCCAACCUGAUGGAUCCAGCUGCACAGCCCAUCAGCAAGAAGCCUACGAGACGCCGAAGUUCAGUCAAAGAUGUCAUGUCUUUCGUCACUGUCAAGAUGGUCUACAACGAGUAUGGCGAGUUGGUCGAGGAGAAGGAUAUGAAUGUUCGGCCAAAGAGUGAUGAGCUGAGUGUCAAGCAGUUGUUGAGAGUCAUCAAGAAAGCUUAUCAUCACGAGCUCCGUGACAAGGUUGGCAAGAUCAUUACCCCACGCGCUGAUGGUAAAGCUUCUGUUCUCGUUGAUGAUGGCAUCUGGAGAGACCGACUAUCUUCUUGGGACUUCAGAGGUCCUCGUUCUCCCAAAGUAUUGAAAGACAACGAGGAGUCACCGACCGAAACCCAUUCUGUUGCUGUAUACCAUGGCCCGCCUCGAGUUUUGGAAAUUGGCUGCAGUGAUGGUGGUUGGUGUUUCAUUUUCAAGAAAGAGCAGCCUGAUUGGAUUGUUGAGGGCAUUGACGAUACAAACCACUGGUCUUGCAUCCCAAGAGAUGUCGAUAUCAAGGAUUUCAUGUCACCUCAUGCUCAGGCGGACUAUGAUGACUACUUUGGAAUCGUUCAUACAAGUCAAGAAGCUCCAGAGUUUACCAUGCGCAAUAUUAACUGCCUCUUGGCACAUCAAACGCCAAUCCCACAUAAUCUCUACGAGUUCAUUCGUGCUCGAGAGAUCUUUGAUAGGGUAGAGAGCUACAAGACCUUCCUCGACGAUGUUAGAUCGAUGUUAAAGCCAGAUGGUGUUGUUGAGUUCCUCGAGAUUGACCCCCGCCCACGCGUAUUUUCAGGUAUCUCCAAAUCGAAAAAGGAAGUCGACAAGCACAAAAGUACUGCUCAAACGGAUUGGACUGAUGAUAUCGCGGAUCGAUUCAAGAAUCCUCUUGACGAAGAGCUGGCAACUACAGUUCCUGGGUGGUCUGGAAGAGUAUCUGAGCGAUUGAAGGCAAAUAUGAGACCUCAAGAUGGAGUUGCAGCUGCUUGCUUGAAGUCUUGGUUACAGGGAGCUGGUUUCUGGGAUGUUAAGCAGAUCGUUCUGCCUAUCCCCGUUGGAGGUAACACUAGAUCUGGUCAAAUUCUAAAGGAAUUUGUCCUUUAUCAAAUCGAACUUGAGAAUUGCAUUCCAAAGCUCUGUGAUGAAUUGCCCAAGGUUGAGUUCGAUGAAAUCGAAUCCGGUGCCUAUUUUAUGAAUCUCCAUAUCGUCACUGGACGUAAACCAUACGAUCCCCGACCUGGCGACCUGCUUCGAGACGGUUCACGACAAGAAAUGACCGCUUCCACAUAUGAUGCUAUGGCGAGACACCAUGACACCAAGACAUCACAAUGGAAGAGAUUCGACCUCCAUGGCAAGCUCACCACGAUGAUGCAGUCCUUGACUUCACUGGCCGCCCCCGAAUCUCUGAAUCAGAAGAAUGGAGAUGCUGGACAUCUUGCGCUUAUGAGCCGAAGAGUUGAUGGAAAGAGCCCGUUCAAUGCUCCACCUUUCGUUGUCGAUGCUCAGCAACAGGAAGCUACGAAACCUCUGAGACGACGCCAAAAGUCAAACAGUCGAAAUCAGAGUAGAAGGUAA